AUGGCACUGUUAACUCCCGCCAACCACAGCAGCAUCCUUUUCACCCUGCGUGGCUUCCCAGGGGUGGAGACAGCGCACUGCUGGAUCGGCAUCCCCAUCUUUUCUGCCUACCUGUUGGCAGUCCUAGGCAACUGCACCAUUCUGUACGUCAUCUGGAUGGAGCUCAGCCUGCACCAGCCCAUGUACUAUUUCUUGGCCAUGCUGGCCACCACUGACCUGGGGCUCUGCCUCACCACCGUGCCCACCGUCCUGGGAGUCCUCUGGUUCCAGCUGAGGAAGAUCAGCAGACGUGGCUGCCUAGCUCAGAUCUUCAUCAUCCACACCUUCUCCUUCAUGGAGUCAGCUGUGCUCUUCGCCAUGGCCUUGGACCGCUUCGUGGCCAUCUGCAUCCCUUUGAGGUACACGGCUAUGCUGACCACCAGCAGAGUGGCCAGGAUUGGCCUGGUCCUUUUCCUGAGAAGCACCUUGCUCUUGAUCCCCUCCCUGUAUUUCCUCCUGCAGUUUCCUUACUGUCCAGUUGCAGUCCUGUCUCACUCCUACUGCAUUCACCAAGAUGUGAUACGCCUGGCCUGUGCCAACACGACCAUCACCAGCUACUAUGGCCUCACCCUCAUCCUCCUCACCAUGGGCUCGGACCUCCUCUUCAUCCUCAUCUCCUACAGCCUGAUCCUGAAGACAGUCCUGGGAAGAACCUCGGGGGGUGAAGGCCACCACAAGGCCCUGGGCACCUGCGUCUCCCACCUCUGCGCCGUCCUGGUCUUCUACGUGCCAGUCCUGGGGCUCUCCGUGGUGCACCGCUUUGGCCAGCACGCCUCCCCCCUUCUCCACGUCGUCAUGGGCAACAUCUACAUCCUCCUCCCACCCCUGAUGAACCCCAUCAUCUACAGCAUCAAGACCAAGCAGAUAUACAGCAGGAUCCUCCAAAUAGUCUCCCUCAAGAGAGUCUGA